AUGCGACGCAUAUCCAGUGGCCGAAGAGUUCCUCCCUAUAUCCCACCUCCUCCGGAUGAUCGCUGCGUGAUAGACGGACUCCCUAACGAGCUACUCGUAGCUAUCUUCAUCUCCGUACGAGAUGUCUGCAUCGAAGACCCGACGGAGCACGGUGCCCCUGGAUGGGUCCUCUGUCUAACGCAUACAUGCUCAAGAUGGAGAUCCGCGGCGCUCAGCGCCCAACUGCUGUGGGCCGUGAUACCCAGAACCCUCUGCUUCCAAUGGCAGCAGACAUUUGUCGCGCGUUCAGGGCGUGCACUGCUUCAGCUGUCUCUCCAGUUCCACAACACCCCGUUCUCAAGCGCUGAGAUGAUAUCGCGGACUUCUACGAUUUGCGAUACCAUACAUACGAACCUGUGGCGCAUGGAUGCACUAUGGCUGCUCUUUCCCUACUUCAAGGGCGCAUACCCAAAGUGGCCGCGGUAUCUCGAUGCACCGGCACCAGAGCUGCGCGCUUUCAGUAUGGAAGCCGAAAAUACUCAAUCCGUCGAACUUCCGCCGCACUUGUUUCAGCACCAUGCUCCGAAACUCGAGUCUAUCAUUCUCAACAAUAUCUACUUCGCAUGGACACAGCUCGCCUUUUCCAGUCUCGCCGUGCUGAAGAUAUAUCACACGAUGAACUUUAGUCACUCCCGCGAUAAUAGCAGGAAUACAGUCGCUGAAAUACUUGCCUUGCUCGCGAGGCUCCCGCAACUUCGAUGGCUCGAGCUUCAGCGCCCUCGGUGGUCCGAGUCGUUAUCGCCACCUUCCGACCCGUCACGUCUGGGCACAAUAUCCUUGCCCAACCUGGAGGUCAUGAAACUAUACGGCCUCUGCGAAGACAUCGUUCCUAUGAUGCGCUACAUGGACCUCCCCCAUACUGCCUCACAACUCCUUCAGCUGUCCGGCCUGCGUAAUCCCAUGGCACUUUGCGACCUCAUGAAGUCUCAAUGCCCCGCCCCAGUCGCCCUAGCCGUCAAAGUAUCCGCAGAAGACUUCUGCCUCCAAUUUCACUUCGAACUCCCGAGAUACCUCAGAUAUGACAGUGGGCCAGGGUCGUCCGCGCCCUUCACGCUUGAACACGACCAGCCCGCAUCGGUCCGGCGUUCUGAAACACUCUGGCUCCGAUUAGCGACACGCAUAAUGUUCGAGAGCUUCACGUUCUCGCAACUAACAGCUCUGUAUAUCGAUUGCGCCUCACCGAGAGCGUCCGCGCCCGGCGGCGCGCUGCCUUUCCAGGCGAUCCUGUGCCGGACUCUCGCACUGGAGGAGUUGGGUCUCAGAGGCCCCGCUCUCCCCGAGAUAUGCAAGAUAUUAUCCCAACCUCUCGAGAGAGGCCAGGUGGUCGAAGGGAAAGUACAUCUAAUCCUACCGUCGCUGCGGCGCCUCACUCUUUGGAACGUCGCCUUCCAGCCUCUCGUAGAUGCAGUCACCAAGGACUGCGAGACGGUGUACUGGGACACGCAUCACCACCCCGUAGCGCUCGACCCCGAUACUCUCUCAGAGCAAUACGAGGAACAGGAUCAGGAAGAUUUGUUGGAGUGGAUAUGGGCCGAUGUGCGGUUCGCAUGGAUACUGGCUUUAAGAAGACGUGCGGAAGAGUGGAAGCCACUAAAGCGGCUGAUGUUGGAACGAUGCUCUGGUUUGCCCGAUUGGGACUGGGAGCAGUACCUGUUUGGUCAGGCUGCGGCCGAUGUGAUAUCAUGGUGA